UAAACGAGCGGACUUAUUACACAAACCAUCCCGCUUUACCAUACGAGCAUCUUGUAUGCUCUGCUAAUAGCGAAUGUCGCAAGGGACCUAAAAACAACAAGAGGACGCGAUUCUUUAAGUGGUUAUUUAUGGCAUAAGACAAGGCAGGAUUACGUGUGGAUGUUUGGCAGCAGUCAUGACAGAACUGCUGACGGAUCUUUCACUCAUCCCCCACCCGCCUUCAGCAGGAUGUCGGUGCGUUUGGACGGGAAGAAGAAGUGGGCAGCGGUCCGGGGCAGCCUGGGCUCGUCCCAGGACUCGGACACGCAGCCGGAGGCCAACCUGGAGAGUGCAGACCCGGAGCUGUGCAUCCGGCUGCUGCAGGUGCCCACCGUGGUCAACUACUCUGGGCUGAAGCGCCGUCUGGAGGGCAGCGACCAGGUCUGGAUGGUCCAGUUCCUGGAGCUGAGCGGUCUGGACCUGCUCCUGGAGGCCCUGGACCGGCUCUCCGGACGGGGAUGCUCUCGCAUCGCGGACGCCCUCCUGCAGCUCACCUGUGUGUGCUGCGUGCGAGCCAUCAUGAACUCCUCAGCGGGGAUCCACUUCAUCGUGGAGAACGAGGGCUACAUCCGCAAGCUCUCCCAAGCCCUGGACACCUCCAACACCAUGGUGAAGAAGCAGGUGUUUGAGCUGCUGGCGGCCCUCAGUAUGUUCUCUUCAGACGGAUACAGGUUGGCCCUGGACGCCCUGGACCACUACAAGGGUGUGAAGACCCAGCAGUAUCGGUUCAGUGUGAUCAUGAACGAGUUGCAGGCCACAGACAACGUCCCCUACAUGGUCACUCUCCUCAGCGUUAUAAACGCCCUCAUCUUUGGCACAGACGACCUCCGUCAAAGGGAUAAGAUGCGCAAGGAGUUUAUCGGAUUGCAGUUACUCGAUGUGCUUCCCAAACUAAGGUAA